GAGCAGAGCAGAGCUAGAGCAGAUUCAGUGGCUUAAUUAGAGGAAUGGGAUUUGGAAUGCGAUUUGGAUUCCCCGCUUGGAUGGGGAUGGUGCUCGUGGGGAUGGGGCUGGUCGCAUGGCAAUCGGAUGAAGCACAGGGGAUGGCACCGCGGACCCGCUACGAGCCGAAUUGGGCCAGUCUGGACCAGAGGCCCCUGCCCCGUUGGUACGAUGAGGCCAAAGUGGGCAUAUUUUUGCACUACGGCGUAUAUUCGGUGCCGAGCUUCGGCUCCGAAUGGUUCUGGCAUAAUUGGAAGAAUCUGCGCACACCGGAGUACGUACGAUUCAUGCAGCUCAAUUACAAGCCGGACUUCACUUAUCAGGAAUUCGCAGACCAAUUCACAGCGGAGCUUUUCAAUGCCACUCAAUGGGCGUUGCUGUUUCGCGAUAGCGGAGCCAGAUAUGUUGUGCUCACCAGCAAGCAUCACGAUGGCUUCGCCCUUUGGCCCUCGAAGCACAGCUUCAGCUGGAACUCCAUGGACGUGGGACCCAAGCGCGAUAUAGUCAAGGAACUGGCGGCAGCUGUGCGCAGCGUUUCGGAUCUGAAGUUCGGCCUGUACUAUUCGCUCUUCGAGUGGUUCAAUCGCCUGUGGAUCGAUGACAAGCUGCAUCUGUUGAUGCAGCACAGUUUCGUGGACCAGAAGGUGCGGCCCGAGCAGCUGGAGCUGGUGCAGGAGUAUCUGCCGGAGAUAAUUUGGUCCGACGGCGACUGGGAGGCACCGGCCAAGUACUGGAAGUCCGAGGAGUUCAUUGCCUGGCUCUACAACGACAGUCCGGUGCGGGACACAGUGGUGACGAACGAUCGCUGGGGCAUGGGCACGGCCUGCACGCACGGCGACUUCUACAACUGCGCGGAUCGCUUCAAUCCGGGCGUGCUGCAGUCCCACAAGUGGGAGAACGCCUUCACCCUGGAGCGCAGCAGCUGGGGCCAACGCUUCGACGUCAGUCUUGCCAGCUUUAUGAGCUCCAAGGACCUAAUAAAGGAAAUCGUCAGCACGGUGAGCUGCAACGGCAAUGUCCUGAUCAAUGUGGGACCCACCAAGUACGGCACCAUUCUGCCCAUAUUCGAGGAGCGGCUGCGCGACAUGGGCCGCUGGCUGAAGAUCAACGGCGAGGGUAUCUACGGCAGCGUGCCAUGGAUCUAUCAGAACGACACCGAGACGCCGAACGUGUGGUACACACGUGGCCAGCAGGCCGAGGCCGAGUCCGAGUCCAAUAGCAGCGUCACCAUCUACGCCUUCGUGCUGGACUAUCCGUACGACACCAACGAACUGGACAUACACCCGCUGGGCAAGCAGAUCACCAUAUCCCGCAACGUGCACUUAACCGGCCUCGACUUUGGCACCGACGGCGAGGUCCUGACCAAACAGACAACCCAAGUGGUCAUGCUGGGCAUGGAGGGAACCGAUAUUCAGUGGACAUCGAACCAUAACAAGCUGCACAUCAAAUUUCCCCCAAAGAACCACAUGGAUAAGCGGGGCCUGGACUACGCCUGGACAUUGAAGAUAACCAUAAUCUAAUCUAGGAUAAGGGAGCCAGGAUCUGUAAGAUGAAAUUCAUACAUGUAUUAAGCAUCUACCUACCUACUGGGCAGAAAACAGCAAACAGAUGGCCACAUGAGUUACCCAAAGAACACACGCAGAGGGAACUAAUAGAAGCGUUGAAUAAACCCUUUGACAAUAUAAACGGACAUAGGAGGGAUCGU